AUGAACGGGAUAUUUCCAGCUGAUCUUGCAGUUUACCUCUUCCUAGUUCCUUUUGUGCUGUAUGUUUACUGGUCCCAUGGAUGGAUCGGCUGGCUUCCUUGGACCAACCUUCUCAUCUUCUGUACUGUGCGGGUAAUCGGGGGUGCCAUAGGAGUGAACGACAGUUCUAGCAUCGCGGCGAACAUCAUCUCCGGGAUAGGAAUAUCCCCACUGUUAUUGGCUAUCGAUGGACUUCUAUAUGAAGCUCGGUAUUACCGUCACCCGGAACACAAUGUGCGCCUCUGUUGGAUAGUGAUAAUCACGAUCACUGGUCUCAUGGGCGCUGGUCUCGGCCUUAGCAUUGGCGGAUCAUUGCAGAUCUACCAGGGUGAAGGGACGCCUGAGGACCUUUCGCACUGGAAGGUGGGAACGGGUUUAGUUGUCGCUGUCUGGGCGAUGGAAGUGAUGUGGGCACUCUUCUCCCUUCUUCCAUCUCAAUGCAACAAGUAUGCUCCGGGGUAUAAAGAUGGUACCAAGCUUAUGUAUGGGGCCCUUGCUGCUAUCGUCUUCACCGGUGUUCGCGUUCUCUAUAAUCUGGUUGCCGUUUGUACCCAGAGGCAAGACCUGAGUCCCGUGUUUGGAUCUAUCGCUGUUCGUGUAGUCCUCGUCUUUCUCCCCGAAGUCCUUGCUGCGUUGUCGAUGAUUUUCGCGGGGCUCUGGAGUAGGAAUAUCCGAAGGCAUAACCAAGCGGCAGAGAAGUAUGGGUCCGGGUCAAUGUCUGCCUAA